AUGCCUAUCUUCAACUCCCUCGAACAAGCGCUCGCGCCAAUGCCUACAGUGCACAACUCGCUGCUUCCGCCCAAGGGCACAACAAAGACGCCGACGCCACAGUCAACUCCUGGCAAGGCGAACAAGUCCCAACGCAAGCACACUCCAGCUAUAGCCGUUCCAGAAGCCGUCCAGGAAGUGCCAGAGGAGGAAGUCUCGUCGUCUGGUCACGGGCGAUCGGUCUCCAAUUCCAGUGCAGCCACCAGUGUCUCCGAAGGCAAAUACCAGGAGUAUCAGAGUCAUCGAAGCACCAACUAA